AUGAGCCAAUAUCCAGUUCCUCCUCCGUCCUACCAGACUACUCAACCUUCACCCGCAAAGAGUGGACGCCAACUAUUCAGAGAUGACUCUCGGGACCCUUUACUCGGAAAUUCCAGUCGCACCGCCGGGGGCGCUUUCUAUGACCAGCCCGAGGCCGGUGACCUCCCAGACGACUUCAAGGUUAGUUUGCGACAUGCUUUCCUAUGA